UGGCAAUGCAUUCUGGGUACUAAAUGAACUUGACGCCAUGAUGAAAAAUAAUUUGCAUACUUUUUGUUUUGAGGUGAAAUAUCGAAUGGUUAAUGACAUCUAAAAGCAACAGUUGAAUGCGGUGCAGCUGGAGAAUUUACAAAAGAUCGGACAAUAAUGGAAAUGCUGAUAGUCUAAACUGUGUGUCGUCUGUGUAUGGCGGCAUUCAGGCCGUUCAUAAACGUCGACCUAAUUCAACACAAAAUCAGCUGAUCCAAAUAAUGGACACGAGUAUUUGAAGUUUUCAUGACAAAUGCUAAAUGGAUUAUAUUAUAUUUUGUUGAUAAUAGAUGACAAAACGUUACCUGGCUCACGGUUGUAAGGUGCUAUGGACGCAGGAGAGGGGGACCAAGCCUCUGGUGGACCGUCAGGGGAGUCGGGCCCCAUGUCCAUUGACGACUUGCCGGCUUAUUACAGCCCGGCUGAGUUGGAGCAGUUGGCGGGUCAGAUCUCACAGUCUCUGGAGCAUGCUAAAGCCCCCCAGGGAACGUUUCCUGUCCACAGGCUUCAUGUGUCAUCGUCCAGACUUGUGACAACAGAGACCAGGGCAUCGGUGACCUCAACUCCAAGUUCGUCCAUACUAAAAUCAGGCAGUAAAGAGGAUUCUGGUAACAUUCAGGCUGCAGCAGACUCCAACAGUCAGAAACAGUUUGUCCCAUGCAAGGUGUGCGGAGAUCGGGCCUCGGGGUUUCAUUAUGGAGUCACUUCCUGUGAGGGCUGCAAAGGUUUUUUCCGUCGGAGUAUACAGAAACAGAUUGAAUACAGGUGUUUACGGGACGGAAAGUGUAUGGUGAUACGUCUUAGUCGUAACAGAUGUCAGUACUGCCGAUUUAAAAAAUGUUUGGCAGUGGGCAUGUCUCGAGACUCUGUUCGAUAUGGUCGAGUUCCAAAAAGGUCGAAAAGUCAGGAUGACAGUAGUGUGAGUUCUACAGAUUCCAAUAUGGAUCAGUCUGCUUUGGAGAAUAAACAGCUUGCCAUCUACGACAUCAUCCUUAACAUCUCCCAGGCUCAUCACACCAACUGUAUGGUCACUGAGGAUAGGGUUAAGAACCUCAGCAGGAAACCUUCAUCGCUGAUGCAGCAGAUCUCCAUUCCCUCCACCCCAGUACAGUUUAGUGAUGAGGAGUUGGAGACACAGAAACUGUCCAUGUGGCAGUGUCUGGCCAGCUUCAUAACGCCGGCCAUUAACAGUGUCGUUGAGUUCGCAAAACGGGUCACAGGUUUUCCUGAGCUGAAUCAAGAUGAUCAACUGAUUCUGAUCAAGUGUGGAUUCUUUGAAGUGUGGUUAACUAGAAUGGCUCGAAUGUUCAACAAAGGUGAUGGCUGCCUGACAUUUGAGGACGGAAGCAUUAUACCAAAGGAGGAGUUAGGAGUUGUCUUCUCGCCAGACUUUGUGAGCUGUAUGUUUGACUUGGCCCAGAGUCUGAAUCAGUUAAACCUGAAUGAUACCGAGAUUGGUCUCUUUUGUGCCAUUGUUCUAGCUACUCCAGAUCGGAAGGGGUUGGAAAAUCCUAAAGCUGUGGAAACCAUUCAAGAUCGUUUGAUUGAGGCCCUUAAACUGCAGAUCUGUCGUAAUCACUCAACAGAGGAGAAUUUGUUUGGAACUACAAUCGUGAAACUUCCGCAGCUUAGGACACUGGGGGUUCAACAUGAUGAGAUUCUGGAGUGGUAUCGCACUCAGUGGAACCGAGUGAGGUUACCUCCCUUAUUCUCAGAGAUCUAUGACAUCAGCAAACAUGAAGAAGACAUGUGACAACACAUUCAACUCGGGGAGAUUUUAUCAGUUUUUGUUUUAUACUGUGUUUUGUGUUAUACGUGUAUUUCCUAUGAAAGGGUCAUAGAUGCUGGUUAGGAAACACAUGUUCCACUGUUGCAUUUAGUAGCUUCAUUGUUAGUGUUUUUAAUGUGUAUUCAAAGCUUUUUGUGAUUUUUUAAAAUUCUUUCAUUCAACAAUGUAAGAUGGAAGUGUUGCUCCUACAGGUAUAAGUGAGUUGUACAGUAAUAUUUCUGUGCUUUCAAAGUCAGAUCCAAAACUUCACCAAUAUAUUUAUACUACAAUGAUUUAAUGAGAGGUGAUUUUGUUUUUGUGAAUAAUAUUUUUAAGAAAAGCGCUUAGAUGUGAUGAAUUCAGUAAUAUAUAAACUUAAAAGAGGUACUCUACAUCAUCAUAAUGACUGACUUCCUUUUAAAACAUGGAUGAAAAUAUAAAUAUCAGCAAUAUUUUCUAUUCCUUCUCGAUUUAAAUACCUAGCUGAGUAGGUUAGUUGACUGCUGAACUGUAAAUCACAGGUUCUGAACUGUAAAUCACAGGUUCUGAACGGUAGAUCACAGGUUCUGAACUGUAAAUUACAGGUUCUGAACGGUAGAUCACAGGUUUUGAACUGUAGAUCAAAGGUACCAGUCCAGUAGGGGUUUUAAAUUUUUUCAGAUUGCUUUCUAUUAAAAUUACAUUUUUUGACUAAUUAAAGUAAAUUUGAAAAUUUUCAAUUUCAAAAUAUUAUUGCACAUAUCCUCCACUUUUCAUCCACAUCAAAUAUCUCUGGUGUAGCAUUCCUCCUUAACAUUUAUUUCACCAACAUGACAAUAAUAAAAUGGGAGUUGGGGUUGGGGGUAAAUUUUGGCAAUGAAAUAAAACAGUAUUAGAAUUAAAUGUUGGAUUGAUAUUAUCUAAUAUUGUCUUCAAAAUCCAACAACAAUUUGAAGUAUCUACAUAAGUACAUGGAAGAAUUAGUGAGAGCGUAAUGAAUGAAUUCAAAGAAUUGUCAGGCUUUAGGAACAUUGAAUUUCACAAUCAUCAGGUAGUAAUACUUUCUGUCAAAGGAGUUGUACAUGCAGAAAUAUGGAAUUGGAAAGCUGAGCAUAUGAUCAAAUAAUUAUAAUGUAGGUAUGGGAACAUGGUUUUGGAAUGGGAUUGAACUUUGCUUUGAUUAAAGACCAUUUAGAAGUGUAAGUUUAGAAGUUUGGGUAUGUGAUUUUUCUCUGAAAGCAUUUAUUUGCUAUUUCGCCUCACUGCAAUAUAUUGCUUCACAAAAACAAUUUUCAGUUGCUGAUUUAUGUUAAUGAAUGACAUUUUUGAAUGCUUCUUCCAAACAGUGGAAGAACAGCAUUGCACACCACAUCUCCAACCUGAUCUAUUUAAAAUUGUUUAGCUUCGCUAUGGUUACUUUAAUAUACAUGGAGCUGUUGAUGAAUAUUUGUGUAAAUAUUUCCAUGGAAACUAGUCUCUUUUUCACAUCUGUUAUCAAAUGAAUUUCUUGAUAUGUGUUUGACUAUGUGUAUGGUUAAUAUAUUUUUGCUUUUUAAGGUUUGCUAUGAAAUGGCGAGAAUGAAGUUUCAUUGUAUGCAUCAUAUUUCUAAAUUUUAUUUUUGCUUUCUCCCAGAAAAGACCAGGCCAGUUGCUUUUUACAUAUUGUUAAGUUUUUCCGUUAUGAUCUUCUGCUACACAUAUUGUCAUCAUGUAUAUAGUCCUUGAUUUUACUAUGUCUCCAGUUGAUGAAGACAUCUAAAGUUGAAAAUGGAACAUGUUUCAUGACAGCUUUAAUACCCGUGAAACACAAAACUUAACUAAGUCCACAGCAAAUUUAUUGCUACAGUUACUCAAUUUUUUAUCGUGGUGGAUCUAAAUAGGAGUAUUGACACUGUAAUUGGCUCCUCUUGAGGCUUUGUUGAAGUUUGUAUAUAUUUUUGGGAGACUUUUAAAGUCUUUAGAUAAUUUCCUAUUUGUUUGAACUUCCAUCUGUUUUAAAGAUAUAGACUUUUAAUUUUAUGUAUACAAAGUUUGAGGAAUGCUAUUCAACAUUUUGGUGGAUCCAAUGGGAGUUGAGCUGAUCACGGGCAUUAUUUCACAAACACAACCUCGCCCUACUGGACUGCCUGUGUUCUACAGAGGGAAAAACCAAUUUUUAAAAAAUUACUUUAAUUAAGUAUAUUAUUUUAUUUGUCUUUCAUGAUGUGUCUUAGUUCUCUGAUAUCUGUCUUGCAACCAUGUAAUGUAAAGAGCAACUUAUGAGCUCCGUUUUUUAAUCAAUAAGAUUUGAAGUGCUUGGGAGGGAAAAAAAUUGCAAUUUUGACAUUUUGAUUUAUUACCUCAUUUAUCAUUACGUUGGGAUAUGCUUGCAUUUUUCUUCUUCAUAAUUUUGAUGCUCAACACUGAUUAGAAAUUACAUUAUGAACUGGGGGUAUAUUUUCUAUCUGUUUUGUGUUGUUUGCCCUGUAUAUGUUGUAGAUGAAAUGGGAACUGCCCGCAUUUUCUUUGGUAUGUACCAAUUAAAUUUCAGUCCAUCUAUAAAUGUUGCAGUCCUGUGUAUGUUUAAAGUAAUGCCACUGCAUACAGGAAAUUAUAAUGAAUGAAAUUUGCUCCAUCAUAUAUGAAAGAGAAGGGAGGCUUAAGAUAGACAAGGGAGACAAUGCAUGCUUCAUAAGCCUGUUGAAAUCAUGUGUGAAAAGUUAUUUAAAGCAGUGAUUUACCACCAAGUACGUGUACAUUGUAAAUGUGUAUAUAUUUUUGGUGGGUCAGACAAAAUGGGACUUGCAACCCAAACUGUGCCAUAUAUUGUAUAGAGUACACUUUUUAUUUUAUGAAGAAUAUACAUGUACAUGCAUGACCUUUUUAUGAAUUUUAUACGUUAAGUCUGUGUCCAUGUCUGUGUUUGUUUAUGUGAAGAUUAAAAAGUACAUUUAGCUCAAUAUCAUCAAGACUAUGUUUAUUGGCUAGAGUGCUUAUUUAAAAAACACUUCAUUUAAAGUGGAUUAGUAGAACUGUUAUUAGUGCUUUCAUUUUUUAUAUUUUUCAAUUUCUCCAUCAUUGUAUAAUAUUUGUAUAUCAUUGUACAAUAUUUGAAUAUCAUUGUACAAUAUUUGUAUUUGUGUUUUCAUAUAAAUCUCUUGUGAUCAUUACUUAAAUUUCAAAACAGAAUUUCAUUUUGGAAAAUUAUAAUAGAAAAGUCGGAUAACUUGCAGUAAACAAGGCUUAUUUUGAUAUUUGCCCUUGGUUUUGUUUUUAUUUUUGGUUUUGUUUUUGUUGUUGUUUUUUUUACAGAAUUGGAAGUUAUUAUUUUCAUUUUUUAUCAUAUAUCUUAAAUACCUUAUAUUUUAAAACUUUUUGAAUUAAUGAAGAUAAAUAUGUUAUUGAAGAGAAAGAUUAUCAAAAUCUAGUCUCAAAAACAGAAGAUUUUAUUUACCAAGCAUUGGGUCAAGAGAUCAAAAGAUUAAGGUUGGACGAAUGAAGUAUACAAUAUACAAAUGUCAUGUGUAAAGGAUAUGGAUUGUUCAAUUUCAGUGAUCACAACUUUUAUGAAGAGAAAAAAAGAAAGAAUUUUUAAUACUGUGGAAUCAUUAGAUUUAUGAAGUCUCUGUUUUCACGAAUAAACAUGUACAUUUCCUUCAAUUUUAAAACUUUUUAACAAAAAUGUUCAAUUUAUUUAGUGCUUUUAUAUAAAAAAAGAAGUUAUACCUCUGAUUUUAAUUGGAUACUAUGAUAUAUAGUACAUAUUGGGAAGUGGAAUUUGAUAGAAUGAUGUGUAUACCUGCAUUACACUUUUGAUCUCUUCCCCUAUGUGUAGUUGAGAUGAUGUUCUACAGAAUAAACACCUGUGUGAUAAAUGUCGACAGAUGGGUAGUAAUCUUCUGAACUUUAACGUCUUGGUACCUCUGUGUUUGUCACGGUCUGCGUCGCUCAUUGUCUCAUUUUUCAGCCUUCUUCAGGGUCUACAUAUAAAUCAUAGCAUACUUGAUUCUGAUAAAAUCAGGCCAAAUCGAACUUAUAGCCAGGGACGUACUAAAAAUCAAGUGACCCAGCUAAAGUAUAGUAAUGAAAAUGUUGCCUUUCUAUUGAAUAAACAUUAUUUGACAUAGAAAACGCCAGUACUUUUACAAAUUCCAAUUACCCGAGUGCGCCGGAUCGUUAGAGUCGAGUAUGCUAUCGAUAAGAUUCAGGGAUCAAAUGAAAAUGUUCACUUUCCUAAAGAAGAAAUUACCUGCAAAGCUAUCAUAAUUUUUUGAAGUGCCAAAAUGAUCAAUGUUGGUAAUGAUGAAUUGCUUGCAUAUAAACUGUGAAUUGUGUUGUUAAACGGGUAAAUAACUUGGUUUGGAUGAAGAACGUUUUCUACUCUGAACCGUACUUCUAUAAGGGACUAUUUCUGUUGUGGUGUACUGACGCGCUGUUAUCUAGUGUACCAGUAUAGGGCAAUAUCUGUUGAUGUAGUCUGGGUAUAUGUUGAAGUACAUGUAACUAUUGUACUAGUAAUGAUAGGGUAGAAACUGGUUUCCACUGUGUGAAGGAUCUCGAUCAUAAACAAGUUCAUGCUCUGUACUAUAUAUAUAUAUAUGCUAGGCAGUAAAUGACAUGCUUUCAGCCUUUGUGUAUUUUUUAAAAAUGCUAGGCUAGAAAAUAUGAUAGAGUGGUAGAAAGAUGUUAACUCCCCCCUUUUUUCCUGCUUAACUGAUAAAAGUAGCUUUUUUAUUCAUUGUGCUAGUUCAGAUAAGGUUUAGAAUGAUGUUGAAUUCCUUUUUUUUUUUUCAGAACUAUCUUUGAUAAAUGAAGAUACCUUUAAACGUUAAUUGAAUCAACAUUGAAGCAUUAAUUAGGUGAGGUUUAUAAGUACAUGGUGGUUUUGACGUUUCAUAUAUUGGAUCUCAUUUAAAUCCAUGUUAGGCUUCACAUUUAAUUUUUGUAAACAUGCAUUUUAUCAUAGUACAAAAUGUUCGUUCCUCUGCUUGAUUUUCAGCAUUAAUUUUACUCCACAGAUUCUGUUAUCAAUAAAAUUCACAAUACUA